AUGUCCUCGUCGAUGCGGAGCGUCUGCAUCGUGCCUCUGUCGGCAUACCGCGUCCCGGCAAACUUCAUGUCGAGGAGGGUGCGGAGACGCUGCAUCUCGAUCUCCGUGACAGUGUCCUCGGGCUCGUCGUCUCCCGGGUCUCAGGAAAAUGGUGCGUCCUGCAUCGUCGAGUCCUCCACGAAGUCGUCAUCGGGCUCGACGACGGGUCUCUUCCCUCGCGCUAUCUCCUCUCGCCGGCGUGAGUAUCCGGCAUCUCCUCUGUUCCUGGUGGUGGGCCCCGGGCUGUCGGCGGGCGGGUGA